GGGCGGGUCCCCUGGCACCUCAGGCAUGGGAGGUCCCCUGGCUGGGUCCUCCCCGCCCUCCACCCCGGACCUCCCCUCCCCCGUCAGCACCGUGGAAGCCACCAAGUCAGCGCUCAUCAAGGAGGGCCUCAAGCUGCAGAUCCGCACGAAGCUCCAGGCGGCGGGCGUCGACAGCCCCGAGAACUUCCUCGAGGACAACAAGAGCAUCAAGAGCGAGACGGAUGACCUGACGGAGGAAGACGAGGAGCGGCGGCGGCGGAGACGAGAGAGGAACAAGAUCGCUGCCACCAAGUGUCGUAACAAGAAGAAGGAGAAGACCAUCGUGCUCAUGACAGAAUCGGAGUCGGUGGAAGACAUGAACGUGCGCCUCAAGACGGAGAUCCAGCGCCUCACGUCCGAGAAGAUGAAGCUGGAGAAGAUCCUUCGGGAUCCCAACCACCGGGCGUCGUGCCGGCACCCGCCCCGGUGUUCCAAGGGCGCCGCCGCCUCGUCCGCGCGCGCGCACCAGCAGCCUCCGAAGCCUCCUCUCGUCAUCGUCACGCCAGCGGAGUCCCCCGACGCGGGGUGUUCGUCGGAGAGUCCCACGUCCCCGCCCCUGUGCAGUCCGCCCUCUGCCCUUUACAAGACGCCCUCCGUUCCCUGCUCCUCGCCCCCCGGGAUGCCUGGGUGCCGCGCAGUUCCUAGCGCCCAAAUACAGUGCGUCGGCCGGCCAGGCGCAGCGCCACCACCCGUACCAGUUUCCACACGCGCGCCCUUCCUUGCCUCACGCUUCGUCAGCGCCAGCGUCUGAAGGCAAGCACUGCGCGGGCAAGGCGGCAGGCUACGGCUACCAGUGCCUGGGCCCCGCCACGCGCCCGCACGAGUUCACGCCCCCCAACGCCCUCCCGCCCCUCAAGCCCCUGUACACGAGCCCGAAGUCCCGAGGCGGCUCGGGGCUCGUGCGCUACAGUCCCUACGGCGGCCGCCACCCGCCCGUCCCGUCCCCGCUGGCCACCCACGCCCACCCGCAGCCCGGAAACCUGGCAUGUGGCGACGCCUACGGCCAGCCCGCCCCCCAGGGCUGCGGGCGAGAGGACCAGGCCUACGUGACCGACAUGCACACCAACCAGUUCUUCCCUCCGUGUACGUACAGCAGCAUGUGACCCGCGCUGGGAGGCUGGCAGGAAAACACCUCCCGAUAGCCAGCUGGAAUCUUUUUUUUAUAAUAGGCCUAGCUAUUUUUAAGGAAAAAAAAUAAUAGAAGAUAUAUAUUUACGAGCGUAUGCGCGGGUCUUAAUAUUUAAAACCCUCUUUUUUUAAGGGGGACUCUUUAUUCGGCGGUCUUUCAACAUGGUCUGUCGGUCCUCUCGUCAAGAUAGAGAAAGAGCUGUUAAUGGCCUAGAACCGCUACUUUCAAUAUUUUUUUUUCUCUCUCUCUUUCUCCUUUUGAUAAGAAUCUGCUAAAGAUAAGGUUGCUUUCGCCGCGGCUGCCUGGCCGUUGGCCCCACAACACUAAGUUGAGCUUGCAUUGUAUUUUUUUGCUGAUGGUCUACUCCAUUUUCGUUGCAUGUUUGUUAUAUCUCACAUACAGGACCUCGUGUUUCUUUUCUUCUUGGUAUAAGAGAUUUUUUUUUCUUCCAGUGAAAUGAAAAAAAGCGUUUUCACGAACCCAAAACUAGGCAGGAUUUGCCCCGCCGUAUCCAACAUGACAUGCGUUCACCUCACUGUAUUUCCUCGUCCUUCUCAGAUCCCCGUGUUAUAUAUUGAGUGCCGGGUGUUUUUUUAAUGAAUAUAUAUAUAACAUGUAGUGUGCGUGUUCUUUUUUGCGUUUCCGCGAGAAAAGGGAAAAAAACUCCAGGACUUGCUCAUUAGGAGGGCUCCUUGAAGUUUCUAGAUUGCAUAACGGAAGUGUAGAAUGCUUCCUCCUUUUCCCUCCUUUUUUCUCCCCCGUCUAACUUUUUUUCUCUCUCUCUUUGAAACUCUGAAAGGUGUUUGUAAUACUUGAUCCAUACAUAUAUAUUUUUAUUAGCUUUUAUUUUCGUAAAGGAGAAAAAAAUGAUCGCGACGAUUUCUUUUUUUUAUAUGAGAUGUGGAUGAACGAUAUAGGUACAAAACUCCAGAAACAUUCCUCUCUCCCUGUUCGAAACGAUGGCGAGGGCAGGGCGGUGGGGGGGACGCCUCUCCCCGCCGCCCUCUGUCCCGCCUACACACGUCAGGAUUCCUAGGGUUCCUGUAGAGACGAGGGGCGUCCUCGGAUGCCCUCAACACACGAUAGAUUUCCCGGGUUUCCUAACCCUGAGACGCAGACCUUGAGCACACUGAAGGCAGGACACAAGAGAUGCCGCCAAGGUGGACAAACCAAAAUUCGUGAAGUAGGAAUGCGCGAAAUGAGAAUUCACGAAAAAAUGAAUGCGCGAAGUGGGAAUUCACGAAGUAGGGAAGCGCUAAGUAGGAAUUCAUGAAGCAGGAGUGCGCGAAGUUUAAUUACAUGAAAUAGAAAUUUACGGAAUAGGAAUACGCUAAGUAGGAAUCCAUGAAGCAGGAGUGCGCGAAGUAGGAAUACGCGAAUAGGAAUCUAUGUGUAUCUUUCCCUUCGUGUUUGUGAAGGUGUUUGUAUACUACCCAUAUCCCCCUCCCCAUCCCCCUCCCCGCGUUCCAUGUAUCCCACGUGUCCCCGCCUGCGUGUAAAAGCAAGUGUCGUUGCAGUUCAUCCCGGGCGUGCGUGCGUGCAGGCACAAGCCCACGUUUUCACUCGAUAGGCAGGUCAGGGGCGCCGGUAUCCCCCCCUGCCAGUACACCUCCUUCCCCUAACCUCAGCGCUCCUACGAGAGUCCCUGACAGCAGGCUGUCUAGGGGAACUUUACACGCCCCUUCUGAAGUCCCUAAGCGUCCUUUGUCUUCGUCGACAGUCGUUUUCGCGUCCAGUUGAUACGACUCUAUGGUCUCCCAGACACGAAAGAAGAAAAAAACAAAAAACAAAGGAAAAGUCAUUUCUCGAUUUGUGAAAACGGACGAUCCAAUACGCCCCAAGCACGGAAUCCUUAAAGCAUCACUCCAGAGGUAGACAGAGCCUCGUCUACCUCCCGAACUCUCCGCGUUUCUGCCGUCCCGACCGCGGCUUCUCCUCGACCGCGGACCUCAAGGUAGGGCGCGAGGCUUGUCAUUGGCCGUCGCGCCAGAGUCGGAUAUUUGUUACGCGCUUGCUCCUUCCUUUCGACCCGUCCCUUCAUCCUGCCUCUUUUCCCUUUCAUCUUCCCAUCCCCCUUUUCUUUUUUUUCCCUUCUUCUCCAUCUACCUUAGGGGGAGCCGACACCCAGCAGAACCUAAACAGAACUCUCGAUCGUCGGGAGGACACAAGAGGAAAAAAAAAAGACUCCCCAGAAAAAGAAAAGUGAAAGAUGGCAUAAAAACCUAACCCAAGGAAUAAGGAAAAGAAGGACACACGAAUAAAAGGAAAACAAAAAGAAACACGAAGACGAGAAAACCUUAAAACCCCUGACAGCGACCUCCUUGGCUGGUGGCGAA